AUGGCAGCCGCUGUCGAUCAGAAGAUUCCCGCUUUCGAGAACACCUCGUUGGACGACAUCACGCGCGUGACGGACACCCUUCGCGCCACCUUCCGCUCCUACAAGACCAAGGACGUGCAAUGGCGGCUCGUCCAGCUGCGCAAGUUCUACUGGGCCUUUGAGGACCACAUCCCGGCCCUCAUCAAUGCUCUGAGGCAGGACCUGCGCAAGUCCAAGCACGAAGCCCUCCUGUCCGAGAUCAACUGGAUCAAGGACGACUGCCUCUAUCUCAUCAAGAACCUGGAGCGCUUCACCAAGGAUGAGCCCGUCGGCGACGUGCCCAUGACGUUCAUCAUGAUGAAGCCUCGCGUGCGCAAGGAGCCUCUCGGCAUGGUCCUCGUCAUUGGUGCCUACAACUUCCCGGCCCAGCUGUCCCUCGUUCCCCUGCUGGGCGCCGUCGCUGCUGGCUGCACCGCCGUCCUCAAGCCCUCCGAGGGAGCCCCGGCCACGGCCAUGGUCCUCAAGAAGAUUGUCGAGGCCUCCCUCGACCCUUCUGCCUACGCCGUCGUCAACGGCGCCGUGGACGAGACCACGGCUCUGCUCGAGGUCAAGUGGGACAAGAUCAUGUAUACCGGUGGCGCCGCCGUCGGCAAGAUCAUCUCCAAGAAGGCCGCCGAGACCCUGACCCCCGUGUGUCUCGAGCUCGGAGGUCUCAACCCCGCCUUUGUCACCCGCAACGCCGACAUCAAGCUCGCCGCCCGUCGCCUCGGCUGGGGCAAGACGCUCAACGCCGGCCAGGUCUGCCUCUCCCAGAACUACAUCCUCGCCGACCGUGCCGUUGUGCCGGACCUCAUCGCCGCCUUCAAGUCGACCUUCAAGUCCUUCUUCCCCAGCGGUGCCAAGAACAGCCCUGACCUGUCCCGCAUCGUCAACGCCCGUCACUUUGCCCGCAUGAAGAAGAUGCUCGACAGCACCGAGGGCGAGAUUGUCGUUGGUGGCGGCAUGGACGAGGCGCAGCUGUUCAUUGAGCCCACCAUCGUGCUCGCCAACUCGCCUCACGAUUCGGUCGUCCGCGAGGAGUCGUUCGGCCCCAUCUUCGCCAUCCUGCCCUACGACAGCCUCGACGCCGCGAUUGAGUUGGUCAACGACCUGUGCCACACGCCGCUCGCCCUCUUUGCCUUUGGCAACGAGGCGGAGACCAAGAAGAUUCUUGACAGGACGACGUCCGGCGGCGCCACCAUCAACGACGUCUUCUCCCAUGCCUCCAUUCUGACGGUCCCCUUUGGAGGCGUCGGCCAGUCGGGACACGGCAGCUACCGCGGCCGCGCGUCCUUUGAUCUCUUCACGCACCGUCGCAGCGUCGCCCAGGUGCCCUCGUGGCUCGACAAGUUCCUCCGCGUCCGCUACAUGCCCUACUCGCCCAAGGAACUCGCGCGGCUGCAGUCGAUGAGCGCCGGCAAGCCCGACUUUGACCGCAGCGGCCACCAGAUCCGCGGACUCGGCUACUGGUUCAGUUUCCUCACAGGGUUCGGCGCCAAGACGGUGAAAGGUGCGUUGCUACGGUGGAUCAUGGCGCUGGUGGCGGCCGUGUUGGCUAAGAAGCGGGGGUUGAUCUAG